CCCAAAGUUUUCCCUGUUUUUGGAGCGCCGCUUUCUUCAAGUUGAGCUGGAGGCCACUAAUUAGCUGUGAUGGCGACGUAUGUAUGAAAGAGAAUCGAGAGGGCGAUUGAUUCCACAGAGAGAUUACUUUUUGUUGAAGAAGUUUCACCCCUCCUCUUUCUUCUUCUUCUUGGCUCUCUCUUUCUCUGUGUUGGGAUUUGAGAGCAUUUCAAGAUAGAAGAGAGAGGGAGGAAGGGGAAGAAGAAGAAGAAGAAGACAGAAAUGGAGAAGGCUUUGACGAAGGUUGGGAGCCUCAAAGCAAGCACAUUUUGGGUUUCCAAGAAAGCCAAGGAAGAGAUCUCCAACAUGACCCAAGACCUCACUAUUUUUUCAAAUACCGUGGAAGAGAAAGCAAGAUGGGUAUUCAACAAGCUGAAAGGUAAACCGCUGAAAGCCCUGCCAGAUCUCCUGCGGGAGCACAACCUUCCACCGGGCCUUUUUCCUCAGAACAUUACGUGUUAUGAAUUCGAGGAGACAAAGUCCAAGCUCACAGUGUACCUCCCAUCUCCUUGUGAGGUCAGCUUCAAGGACUCGUCCAUCAUAAGGUACGCGACUCGUGUGAAAGGGACAUUGUCGAGGGGAAAGCUCACUGGAAUCGAAGGAAUGAAGACGAAGGUCAUCGUGUGGGUUAAAGUCACGGGCGUGGGCGUGGAGGGCUACAAGUCCGACAAGGUUUGGUUCACGGCGGGGGUGAAGAAAUCAAGGCCGAAAGAAGCUUAUGAGAUGCCCCGAGAGGGAGUGAAAGUGGGAGAGUUCUAGUCCCAGUCGGGAUGUUUUUUGAUCUUUGUAGUAGUGUAGUACUAGUAGUAGUUGACAAGAAGUUGCUGCUGCUACAGCUGCUGGUGGCGGCAACUGGUGGUGUAGAAGAACGGCCUGUGGUGGAUGGUCUUAGUGUAUUCAAUGGCACCUUCUAAAUAUUGAAGCAAUUGCUGUUUGCAUAA